AUGUUUAAAGCAGAUUCGUCACCUCGAUAUCAUAUCUCGGAACCAUUGGUUGUUCUAGUUAAAUUAUUUAAUGAUGAUCGUACAUUGGAUUAUAUAAUGCAACAUGCACAAGUUGAUCUCAAUACUUUGUCAACUGUUGAAUUCUUUGUUAACUUAUUGUUGGAAUUUUACACCACCGUCAAUGAUCAGACACCAUUAAAACAAUUAACGUGUACGGCACUUGUUAACAUACUGUGGAGUGUAUCAUUCCAAAAACAAUAUCAAGAUGAAUUACAGGGAAAUCAAAAGUUUAAAGCAUUUAUUGAAAAUAUAGAAAAUGCUAAAGUGUUAGAUAAAAUUGUUACCACACAAUAUGUACCAAAAUAUAUUGAAAAUAUUCGUACAGCAGCCGGUGGUAUCCUAUUGAAUAUUAAUGCAACAAUGCCAACAGUAAAAGUCGAAAAGGAACAGCAACACCGACAUCCAUCGUCAACGACAGAAGCAGUAAGAGGAGCACGAGUACCAGCCCUCGUGCAGCGGACUGACUCGAACAGCAGGCCGAUGAUUAUGAUCAGUUAUUCACAUGGAGAUAAAGAUUUUUGUUAUCAACUUCAUGAUGGAUUAAAAUCAAAAUUUGAUAUAUGGAUUGAUAUGAAUCAUCGUCAGACAGGUGAUCUGUGGCAAAAAAUAGCCGAAGGGAUGGAUAAAUCAAAUGUUAUCCUAUGUUUAGUAUCAGAAACAUAUUGUCAAAGUAAAUCAUGUCGACGAGAAGUAACAUAUGCAUUAGAUGCAUUAGAUGAAUUAGAACAACCAGUUAUACCUUUGUUUCUACAACAAUACAAACCACCCAGUUGGCUAAAAAUUAGAACAUCCGGUUUGAAAUAUGUUCGUUUUCGUGAUAUAAAACAAUUGGAAUCUGAAAAAUUAUCCGAAUUAGUUCAGAUGAUUGAACAAAAUUUAUCAUUACCGUCAAGCGUCGACUAUGAUAAUAAUGAUUCUCGUAGUUGCGCACCAUCACAUUAUGAACCAGCAGCGCCACCGCCAACAACAACAUCGACAACAACAAAAGAAAAAACUGCAGAAGAAAACAAAGUGAAACAAGAAACAUAUAUCGGGAUAUCCGAACUUUAUCAAAAACCGGUUGAACAGUGGAAUAAAAAUGAUGUAUCGCAGUGGUUUGAAUAUAAUGAAAUUUUAGUUGAAAUACAAGAUUUGUAUAAGUUCAAAGAUGGUAGUGAGUUACUGAGUUAUGCCCCAUCACUAUUAGCUGAUGAAAAAUUACAGUAUCAAAUUUAUUCUAAAACAUUUUCAAAGAAAAAUAAUGGCGAAGAUUUGCUACCGCAUGAGUAUACAAAGUUUGUUAAUGCUUUACGAAAAUUAUAUGAAAAAACUAUUGAGAAAUCAAAACCGGUAAAGGUAGCAGUACCAGCAGAUGCUAAAUCACAAACAUGUCAGAUUUUAUAA